AUGACAAAUAGCAGUGAUGAAGAUUAUGUGAAGAAGAUGAAUCAAGAUUAUUUUGCCAGAAAAUUCAGGCCAAGGGGAGAUUUGCAGGGUAAAGGAGCUUUAGCUAAAAUCUUCCCUGGCAUAGGAAGAUCAGCUAAGCUCCCGGCUGCCCAGAGCAUUGCUCAGAUUAACAUUGGUGAACAAAGUGGAACGGACUUUCCAAUUUGGCAACUGUCCGAGGAUGGUUGUUUCACUAACAAAAGUCACUCCCCUCAUCAUAUGCUGGGAAUUAUGGAAGCAAAGAAGCUCAUGCAAGUAUGGGAACCAAAGGAAGAUAAUCAUAGGGAAGAUACUCUAUCAUGGAAUUUGGACCAUCAAAUCGGUGCAAGGAAGCAAACUUUUCCCCCAUCGGAGACAUGGCCAGAUGGACAGAGAUCUGCUACUCCAUACAGAAAAAUUAAGACAUUAAAAAGUGGUGGCAAGUCCUUUGGGGAAAUGCCACCUUUAGCUAGGAAGAUGAACAUGGAAGCUAUAUCUUUGAAGAAGGCGGCUGGAAUCGGAGGCAUCUUGAGGGACUGCCAUGGAGACUUGAUCAUGGCCUUUUCUAUCACUGUGCAGUGCAAUAGUAACAACGUCGCUGAAGCACUUGCGCGGAAGUCGGGGAAAGCAAGAGCAAGGAGGAAAGAAGAAGCAGCAAAAGAAAAAGAGAAACAAGUAGGCUGGGAAGCGGAUUGUCGAAUCAAGAUAUGGGAGACCGAUCGUCAAAAUCAUUUAGGGUUGAAAACAAAUAAAUCUGCAAAACAAAUCUUUGAUGAAAUAUUUAAAGAUUUGGACGAAUCGUCUACCAAAUCUUGUACCAUGUUCAAAGUAAAUAUGUGGCUACGUGAAUCAAAUCCAGAUGCUUAUACGCCAAAGUUGAUCUCCAUUGGUCCUUAUCAUAAGAAAAAUCCGCAGCUUCAGUCGAUGGAGAAGUAUAAACUACUUUACCUACAACGUUUUCUCCAGCGGAGAGAUGAAAUGGAUGGUGAGAGUUGCAUUAGAGAAUUGGAGAAACUAAAGGAUGAAGCACUAAAGUGUUAUGACAAUAUAGAGGACCUUGAUACUAGUGAUAGUUCUGGCAUAUUCUUGAAAAUGUUGUUGCUUGAUGGCUGUUUUGUGGUUGAGUAUAUCCGAGAGUUUUGUCAUGGGGCGCCAAAAGGAGAAGACAAAAUCAUCAACACAGAUUGGAUGGAAGGUCUUGUAGAUCGUGACUUCUUGUUACUAGAAAACCAACUUCCUUUUUUUAUCCUUGCCAAGCUACAUGAAAUGACUAAGGAAGGUACAGAGUCAUUCAUAACAAUGGUCAAAAUCAAUUUUUCUGCUAGUUUACCCAAGGUGAAUUCCAAAUUCAUAAGUGAAACUGAUGGAAAUAAUGCCAAGGAAAUCAAACAUUUACUUCAAGUGAUACACAUGUGUUAUUGCCCUCCAAAGAUGGAAAAUAGCCGAACUAGCAUGAAAGCAAAACUUAGCAAGAAAAGUUCUUGCUGGAACCCAUUACAACUAGGCACUACCGCGAGUUAAAAAAAAGUACAAAAAGACAAGGACUGUGACAUAUGGCGCGACCUGAUGCCAUGCGGGACAGAGCUUGAUGAAGCUGGAAUUGACAUCUCAACUGUUGGGAGUAUUUAUAGAAGGUUGGACAGUGACAAUGAGGAUUCCAUACGGUUAUUCGAUAUCAAUUUUGACAACGGACGGUUGAAAAUCC